GCGCUUUAUCUCCAGUGUUUAAACACCAAAUCGGCUUCAACACUGUGAUUGUGAGUGUGCGGACUGCUGAGAUUUACACUGCUGACUACUGAAACACUGCAGCAUGGCAGCUGAGCUCUCAACCUCAAUAAAUAUCAAAGAACCUCGCUGGGAUCAGGGGACCUUCGUGGGCAGAGCCAAACAUUUCUUCACCGUCACAGACCCACGCAACGUUCUGCUGUCUAAUGAGCAGCUCGAGAAGGCACGCAGGAUCAUUCAGGAUUACAGAAAAGGAGUGGUGACCCCAGGUUUGACAGAAGAUGAGCUCUGGAGGGCCAAAUACGUUUUUGACUCUGCAUUCCAUCCAGACACGGGUGAGAAGAUGCUGCUGAUUGGCCGCAUGUCUGCUCAGGUGCCCAUGAACAUGACCAUCACCGGCUGCAUGAUGACUUUCUACAGGACGACCCCGGCAGUACUGUUCUGGCAGUGGAUCAAUCAGUCCUUCAAUGCAAUAGUCAACUACACUAACCGCAGUGGUGAUGCUCCCAUUACAGUAAAUCAGCUUGGUAUGGCGUACGUAUCGGCCACGACAGGAGCUGUGGCGACGGCUUUAGGACUCAACUCACUAGCAAAGCAUGUCUCCCCACUAAUAGGACGCUUCGUGCCAUUUGCUGCUGUAGCUGCUGCUAACUGUAUCAACAUUCCACUGAUGAGGCAAAGAGAGCUAAAGCACGGCAUCCCGGUGAUGGAUGAGAACGGGAAUCGGUUAGGGGAGUCCUCGAAAGCGGCACAGCAGGCAAUCUCACAAGUGGUGAUCUCCAGAAUCCUCAUGGCCUCUCCUGGAAUGGCAAUUCCACCAUUUUUAAUGAACUCCCUGGAAAAGAAAGCAUUCCUGAAGAGAUUCCCAUGGAUGAAUGCACCCAUUCAGGUCGGCUUGGUCGGAUUCUGCUUGGUGUUUGCCACUCCACUGUGCUGUGCUCUGUUCCCACAGAAGAGCUCGAUGGCCGUGAGCCGCCUGGAGCCUGAGCUGCAGGAGAAGAUCUGCUCCAGUCACCCAGGAGUGGAGAGAGUUUACUUCAACAAAGGAUUAUGAGAAGAAAAAAACUCGUCUCCUCCCAACACAGCCAUAAAGUCCCAGCUCAUCUCAUCGUGUUUUUUCAACGUGCCAAAGUUCCGUUCCUCUGUCCCUCCUCAAGAACAUCUCUGAUCAGCUGUUUUGUAAGAUGUCGUUCCUCGUGACAGUUUUUAAUCAGGAGAAUAUUCCGGAUGGUGCAGGUCUGUGCUAGUUCUAGGAAAGACUAUUUGUUUAAAUUGGUGCUCUUUCUGAAUGGAUAGGAUUUUUUUAAUUUCGUAUUUGUCGAUUACAGUGCAGUCUGUAAGGAAAUAAACUUUGGAUAUUUAUGUUUUUUAGUCUCGACACCACAGCAGAUCGGAUCUGAAAUGAAACAUCACGAUCGUCUUUGCUUUAAAUCCAGCUUCUAGGCAUCACAGCUUUUUUAUACAGCAUUUCUGGGACCAAAACUACUUUGAAUCAUUUGCGUAUCCGUAAAUAAAACGCCACUUUCGAUACAUUCGAUGACUGACUGCACUGUAAUUACGUUUACUGCCAAACCAAACCAAAUCAUCUCCAUGUGCCAUCUGUAAUAAGGAACAAAUGUGCUGGUGUGUUUUCUGUUUGUGUUUUUAUUGCAUUGUUAUAAUUAGCAAUCGAUGUUCAUGUCUGAAUGAAAGCUGCUUUUGACUUUAAAUUGCCAAAAAAAAGAAUUAAACGUUUACUUUAAAGGUACACUAAGUAGAGAUUUCCAUUGAUGCUGACAAUAUUAAGAAAAAUAAAUAUGUACUUUAAAUACUGACUUUGUGACACAGUCAGUUAUAGAGGCCCUGAAAGGACAUACUUUUUUUUGUUGUUCUUAAAGUGGUGCACACAGAUUUUUUUUAACGAAAUGUGUCAGCCCUGUGAUGACCUGGCGACUUGUCCAGGGUGUACCCCGCCUUUCACCCGUAGUCAGCUGGGAUAGGCUCCAGCUUGCCUGCGACCCUGUAGAACAGGAUAAAGCGGCCAGAGAUGAGAUGAGGUGAGAAAUAAAAAUCUACCAUAUCCUUUUAGUGACUUUGUAGUCAGUUAAUUAAAAUAUUAUUAUUUAGUUUAGGCUAUGGUCACACUACAGCAUGUGAUGGGUUUGCAAAUACUUGGCGAUGAAAAAUUGGUCACAUCACUACCAAUUGUGUGAUGCGCGACGAAUGUUCUCCGAGCUUCACGAGUUGUUUUUAGCUCAUCCGGCUAAAAACAUCUGACCGCAUCUGUCGUCCAUCCACAAUUUACAAAAAUCGCUACUCGUCCUAUAGGAUUGAUCGGAUUUCGAUCAAACUCAUAUACAAUGUUGCCCAGGUGGGUGUGCAUAAAACUUGUCAAGAUGGUGGAGCCACCCAUCAUAUUUACGAUUUUAUGGGCGUCUGAAAUGUUUGGGUGAACGCUACUCUUCGUAAACUGCUGGGACGUUUUCACUGAAACUCACCCAGAAGACUCUAAGACAUAAACAAGAAUUGUUCACCAGGUGGCGCCACCUGCCAUGGAUGAGACUACACAGGGGUCACGUGCAAUUUCAUAAAAAUUCCUACUGCUCCUACAGGAGUGACCAAAUUUUGAUCAAACUCAUAUGGAAUGUUCCCCAGGUUGGUGUGUAUAAAAGUUGUCAAGACGAUAGUGCCACCUAUCAUAUUUAACAUUUUAUGGGGUUUGAAAUUUGUGGGUGACUCGUCAAACCAAACACUACUGUUCGUAAACUGCUAGGAUGUUUUCACUGAAACUCACCCAGAAGACUCUGAAGACAUAAACGAGAGUUGUUCACCAGGUAGCGCCACCUGCCAUGGAUGAGGCUACACAGGGGUCAUAUUCAAUUUCACAAAAAUCACUACUCCUCCCACAGGAUUGAUCGGAUUUCAAGCUCGCACACAACAACAGUGGCCGCUAUGAGCUAAAACCUCAUUGAGGCUAUUUUUUUGUGUGUUGCCGCCUCAUGAGUGGCCAAAAACAUCACGAAAAUUUUUCAGUGCACACACUGAAAUUUGGUGGUGAUGUUUUCAUCAGCAAACUAAGCAACGAAUACUUGCAGAUGGGUUUGGGAAUACUUCCUGAAGCUCGACAAAACAUCGCCACCGGACACCUCAUUUUUAUCAAUAAUCCAUUGCAAAGCAUCGCGAGCUGUCGUGUGACCAUAGCCUUAGAUUAGAAAAAGGCACCAAAUAAAAAUAAAAACAAAAGUGAACAUAGUUUUAAUGAAACAUGAACAGAUUAGCGAUGAUAUUUUAUUUAUAAUUAGAAUUAAUUAAGAUAUUAACAUUUGUUUUUCAAGAAAACAUUGAACCUUCAAUCACGGUCGUUCAAAAUCUCGUGAUGUUUUGUUCUUUCCAUUUCUUCUUCUUCUUUAAGAACAAGAUUAAAUGAGAAAUAUUUUUGUUUUAAAUUCACAGGUUGAACCCUGAUGCUUUAUCUGAAGGAUCAUGUUCACCUUGAAUAAUAAUAAUAAUAAUAAUUUCCCAGCUGAAUAGGAGAUUCCUGCUUGGUGUACCUUUUCAUAAAAAUUCACGAGACCUCUUUUAUCUGAGAACAGUGCAAUUGAUUUGAAACGCUGCCAAAUGAUUUUGUUACAGAGGAACUCACCAAACUUGAGCUGUACAUUCCUGGAAAAAAAAAAAGAAGAAAAAAAAAUUGAGAUCAAUAAAGCAUGAAAGACUGAAAUGUCCUCUGUAAUUGAAUCACACGUGAUAUAUUUACAUUGUACACGCAGGGUGUCUAUGGAAAACUUUUUUUUCAGCAUUAAAUAAGGUCGUGUUUCAGCGUGUCCCCGUUAAGUGUGUCAAAGUCCAUAGAAACAGCCGGGUAAGUGAUCAUCAUAAUGAGCUCACUGUUCAGUAUGACCUUGUGCGUUUGGUGUUUGAGUGAAAGUUACACACUGUUUUGAACAUCAAGUUCAUUGGUCUUUUUUUUCCCCCCCAGACAUGCCAUAUUACAAAACUUAUAGUCUAGCAAACAUUAAGACAUCAUUCACUACUUACUCAUUCAUAUAAUAAAUCAUCAUGAAGAAUAAUAAAGUACCAAGUAAGGAAUAAAACACUUGUAGUGUUAUCUUAUUGGUAAAUAAUUAACAAUGCGGUUAGAUAUUAAGGGGAGUUACAAGAGACCAUACAAAAGUUGAAGAUUAUUUUCCUAUAACAGCAUGACCUGAAGUGUUUUAUUCUUUACUUGGUACUUUUUUCAUACCCUUGUGUACUUUUUAAAACUAUUAUAUUAACCCACUGUCUAGUAUUCAUGUAUUAAUGUGUAGUUCUUGAGUGUGUGUGUGUGUGUAGAGUACUGUGCGAAAGUCAUAGGCACAUGUAAAGAAAUGCUGUCGACCAGAUUUGGCUUAAAAAUAAUGAAAAAUGUUUCAACAUUUUUAAAAAAUACGAUAAACAGUAAGCAGUGAGCCAUAAUAAAUGAAACAAAGUCAGGAUUUGGUGUGAGACGACCCUUUGCUUUAGUCUCAGGUCCAAUGAGUGCAGUUUUAUAAAGAACUGAGCUGUAGGUUUUACUGAGCAUCUUACAGAACCAGCCACAGUUCUUCUGGACACUUUGAUGGUCACACUCGCUUCUUCAUUUUGCACCAAAACCCAGUAACCUUCAUUAUGUUUUCGCUUUUAAUCUGAAAAGUGCUCUCUUAUGGAAUAUGCUGCUCAGAUACAAACACUUUUUUCUGUAACAUUUAAAGCUGGGGGCGGCACGGUGGUGUAGUGGUUAGCGCUGUCGCCUCACAGCAAGAAGGUCCUGGGUUCGAGCCCCAUGGCCGGCAAGGGCCUUUCUGUGUGGAGUUUGCAUGUUCUCCCCGUGUCCGCGUGGGUUUCCUCCGGGUGCUCCGGUUUCCCCCACAGUCCAAAGACAUGCAGGUUAGGUUAACUGGUGACUCUAAAUUGAGCAUAGGUGUGAAUGGUUGUCUAUGUCUAUGUGUCAGCCCUGUGAUGACCUGGUGACUUGUCCAGGGUGUACCCCGCCUUUCGCCCGUAGUCAGCUGGGAUAGGCUCCAGAUUGCCUGCGACCCUGUAGAACAGGAUAAAGCGGCUAGAGAUGAUGAGAUGAGAUGAGAUUUAAAGCUGGAUGGCCUUUUGAUUUCAUAAAAUCGGUGAAAUUUAGUUCCCUCUGAAAUGUGGUCAUUGUGAUAUAUGUUUAUUUCUGUAAUAUCUCACAAAAAUAUCAGGCCAUUCUGUGGCUGGGAAGUUAUUUAAUUUGAGGGGAUUAAAGCAAAUAAUGUGCAUGAAAUUGCUCACUUCGCGUAGUCAAGCAGACAGAGGAAGUCCGUGUGCGCAUGCGCAGGUUUACCUUUCUUCUUCUUCUUUUGGGUUUUACAGCAGCUGGCAUGCACAGUGUUGCAUUACUGUCAUCUACAGGUUGACCUUUGACCGUGCACUGACCGUUCCAUCAUUCUGUCGCUAAACGAACAGCUGAUCACACCGAGGUGCUCUCUGAGCGCCGAUAUUUUAUUAGUUUGGGCCUGCGUUUCCUUUCCUUUGUAUAUAGCAUAACGUCUUUUCUUCUCGCUUUCUGUUACUGUAGUCGGUCUUUUUCACGUUUCAUACGCACACUCGCAUCCUCCAUUUUUCUCUCUUGGUUCAAAUUUGUAUCCCACAAUGCCUUGCGCGAACGGGGAAAGCCCACCACGUCAUGCAUGAUAUAGUGUCUUGUAUUGGGUCAUGGUGAAGCAGGAAAAAAUAGCAGAGAAUUUAGGGCCACAUGGCUCUAAAUUCAUUAAUUGUUCUAUUUUUUUUUUUUAAGUUAUAAAAUUGGAAGUCUGUGAUUUCGAAUUCAGUAGCUUUGGUCCACUAAACAAAAAUAAUUGGGUGUCGGGGAAAAUUCUUUUUAUGACCUACACUUGAAAAAUCUGAGAGGCAGUCUAGCUUUAAUUUUGUGCUGGAAAACGAACGUUUGGACUCUAAAAUGUUUUUGUACUGACUCGAUAAUGUAGAAGUCAUAAAAUAGAAAUCUAUAACAAAGUUUGUAUGGAAAAAAUAUAUGGGGGCUAAGACUUUUGCACAGUACUGUAUUAUACAGGAUUAGGAUCCUACCUGGUGUAGUGACUGAGAGACUUUUAAACUCUUCUCAUCUCUAAAUGUAGCUGAGGCACCUUGUUAGGGUGCAUUGAGUAUAACAAUCUGCACAAAGUUACAUUGACUUUAAAGUUGCAGUUUGUGUUUUGUAAAAGCAUUUCUAGACUUAUAAUGAGUAUAUCAUUUCAUAGAAACAUUAGCGAAACUGUGAUUUGUAGUAUUGCCAUGCAAUAGAGUUGGCCGGUUUGUUCAGUUCAGACUAAUCUUUCUGUCUUUUCUGGCCCUGAAAUUAGCUCCACCUCCAACUGGAACAUGGCUGCUCAGCUCCACUAAUAUAUAAUAGCAAUUCAUAAGACGUUUGUAGUUUCAAUACAAAAGGUUUGUCAGUUACAGACUGCUCCUUUAAUGUGAGGCUAUACUGUGCUUAGCAAUUUAAUUUCAGUGAAAUGUUGUGUUUGAUGUAAGUUUUGAAUUUUUUUUCAUUAACCCACAGCCAGUACCAUUUUCUAAAAUCACACCACUGACACAUUAAUACUGAUUAUUAAAGCAUUUCAUGAUCAGUCAUAAUCGUAAUGUGUAAAACUUCACAUCGGAAUCAUUGACGUUGUUUUCAAUUUUGAUUUGAGCUCCAAAUCCAAAUUUGUAAAAAAAAAAAAAAUUCAAGAUUUUUUAAGUAUUUAAAGAAAGCUCAGGAUAAUAUUAAAAACUCACCCUAAGAUCCAUUCAAGUGGAAAUUUGACACAUACAAGCGAUAACACUACAAAGCUUUACCCUGUACUGGUGUUUAUUUCAUUAAACACACACACACACACACACACACACACACACACACACGUUGGUAUGUUCUGUAGCUUUGUGAUCAACGUCAGAGAAAUAAAUCACAGAGUAAAACCAGCACAAAGGGAUGAAGCACAAUAACCAGACAGAAAUGCAAUAUUAUUAGUAUUGCUAUUAUUAUUAUUAUUAUUGAUAUUUAAUGGGGAUGUUGUAAUCUGUAGAUUAUCUAAAGUGAAUA